CAUCUGAGAAAGGAGACGGAGAUUUCUAAAAUGGGUAGAAAUCCUUGUCCAGAGGGGAGACUAAACAGAGGUGCUUGGACUUCUGAUGAGGACCAGCUUCUUAGAGAAUACGUUAGAAACCACGGUGAAGGGAAGUGGGGCAAGGUUGCAAAGGAAACAGGACUCAAGAGAUGUGGGAAGAGUUGUAGGCUUCGCUGGUUGAAUUAUCUUAGACCAGGUAUUAAGAGAGGGAACAUUACAGAGGAUGAAGAAGAUCUAAUUAUCAGGCUCCAUAAGCUCCUAGGAAACAGAUGGUCUUUAAUAGCUGGAAGACUUCCAGGGCGAACAGACAAUGAAAUUAAGAAUUACUGGAAUUCAACCUUGAGAAAGAAGAUUGAAGAUAAGUCAAAGCCUAGCAAGAAUGAAGACAAGAAAACCAUCAAGGGAACUUGUUCAACGAUGGUGAUGAAGUUGGGAUCUUGUACCGAUACUCCACCACAACAGAAUAAUGUCACCAACAUUACUGGUCUUGUAAUAGAGCCCUCCGUGUCUAAGGAAAGAAACAACCUGCUGAUGAAAAAUAUGAUUGAGGAAUCGGACUCCGAUGAAUGUCUUUUGCCAAUUGCAAGUGCUUGUGACUGGGACUUGAUGCUAGAUCUUAAUGGAGAGCAGAUUAGCUUAUCUGAUUUUCUACACACAGAUUUCUCCAAUAUCAUACAUGUUGAUGGGUCUUCUCCUUCUUCUUCAGCCGAAGCUGCUUUCUUGUCUGAGGUUGUCCUCAGGAAUUGAACAGGCGAGGAAAGCAUUCUUUAACCUUUGGCUGAUUGAAAUAUCAUGCAACUAAAGUUCCACUUGUUAUAGACUUGUAGUUGUAGCUCUCUUUUUUUUAUUAACAUUUUCCCAAUGUA